AAUUGCGUUAUAGACGCAUUCUUUCCCACAGACGACAGCAAGUUGGACUUGGUGGCAGCAGGGAAACUAGGCCACCUUAAAUGACAUGCUGACAUAAGAAGAACAUUACUCUCCACCCAUAUCCGAGAAGCGUCAGUUAAGAGGAGUCUCACCUUUCCGACUACGCUCUUAUCACCAAGUAAGACACCGGUGAUCUGACUAUACACGAAAGCAUCUCGGGACCUGACUGUUCCCAUUAUUGGCCAGGACUGACGAGCCCGGGUCUGCAGCGUAACGACGCGCACGGGGCCACCAGAGAAUUUACUGAGACGUUAUAUUGUGGAUAUUCAAGUGUCUGGAUUUAUCUCAGAGUUUUGUCGCUGUGUGGGUUUACUUUACAUGCCAAAACUGGGGCAAGAGACGGGAACGCAGCAGACUUUUCCGCGAAGCUUUACAGUUUUCGCCACAGUUCUUGGUUAUCGGAUGGACCAGCAUCCCAGCGCCCGAAGCUGCACCAGUCGCGGGGCUUCGUCCUGCGAGGCCGUCCCGACUGAACCCUCCAUGAAUCUGUACAUCCACUCCACCACCGGCACACGCUUCGAGCUCUCCUUGCCACUGGAGGAGACCGUGGAGGGACUGAAGAGGAGACUGUCGCAAAGACUCAAAGUCCCAAAAGAGAGACUCGCUCUGCUACACAAAGAAACGCGACUAAGUUCAGGCAAACUCCAGGAUCUAGGCAUCUCGGAUGGGAGCAAGUUAACACUUGUGCCAACAGUUGAAGCAGGAUUAAUGUCUCAAGCAUCAAGACCAGAACAGUCAGUAAUGCAAGCUUUGGAGAGCCUAACAGAAACUCAGGUCAGUGACUUCCUGUCUGGUCGCUCUCCCCUCACCUUGGCGCUGCGUGUAGGUGAUCACAUGAUGUUUGUCCAGCUCCAGCUGGCAGCGCAGCAGUCCGGUGGUCCCCAACUCCAGCACAGGCACCUCAUCACCCGGGGAAAUUCGGAGGGACAGCCCCGGGUUCCCCACACUCACCCGCACUCUCAUCAACCCCCCCAGCAUCCACAUAAUCACCCCAGCCCCCACUUGUCCCAUCCUCACCCUAUCCCCUCCUCCCCUUCUUCCCCAGGAUCCCCUUCUUUUCCCCUGCCCUCCACACACCUCCAGUCCCUUCCUCCCAUGUACCACCAGUCGCCCUCCUCUGCUCACUGUAGCCCCCCUACUCCUCCACCACACUCCCCUCGCCCAUCCCAUGUCCCUGGGGGUCUUUUCCGCUCGCCCGCUCAUCAUCACCACCACCCCCACCACCACCAUCAUCACCACUACCACCAGCCUUCCUCAGGCCAACCCAGCCACGAGAUCGGCCAGGUCAGCCCUGUAGCCCCAGUCCUCUGCCCUGAGGCUAACUGCAGUACCAACAGCUCCAACAGUGGCACCAGUUCCUCGCCACGCUCCCGUAAACCCGGCGCCAUCAUUGAAAGCUUUGUCAACCAUGCUCCCGGAGUCUUCUCAGGGACUUUUUCAGGCACUUUGCACCCAAACUGCCAGGACAGCAAUGGGCGUCCCAGACGGGAUAUUGGGACCAUCUUGCAAAUCCUCAAUGACCUCCUGAGCGCCACACGCCACUACCAGGGCAUGCCCCCCUCCCUCACCCAGCUCCGCUACCAGACGCAGUGUGGUUCGCCCACUUCCCCAUCCCCCUCGCCGCCUCCCUCCCCUCCAGUUGCUGGCAUGACGGGCCUCUCUGCCAAAGCUACCUCUGUGCCCGCCAGCAGCCCUCCUCCAGCUCUGCAUCCACUUGUGCAGUGCGAGAGCCAGAUUCGCAUGUGCAAACCCCCUGGUGAUCGUAUACGUCAGACAGAGAACCGCGCAACCAGGUGUAAGGUGGAACGUCUGCAGCUCUUGAUGCAGCAGAAGCGUCUGCGCAGGAAGGCCAGGCGGGACCAACGGGCUCCUUAUCAGUGGCUGCCCAACCGCAAGGCGGGACGCAGCAAUAGCAACAGCAGCAUGUCCAGCGAGGGCUCCCUGGACCUGGACUUUGACGAUUCAGUGUGGAAGCCCGAUGUAAAGGCUGACUUGAAGUCCGAGUUCGUCAUGGCCUGAACCAUCUGCUCCCACAUACGCAUUCAAAGAUGUGCAAAGCAUUGCUUGGGAUUUCCUUAGAGAUAAUUUUGAGGGAGCGGAUUUGCAGGAGAUGACAUGUAACUUCAGAGAGGAAAUCACAGUUGUCCUUGCGACAGUCAUCUGUCACAUGAAAACAGGCUCUCUGCAGACUCUAAUCUCAUUCUGCCCUUUGUGGGUGACCUUGUGAAAAAAAAUAAUAAUACAGCAACAUUAGCAAAAGAACUUUCUUGUGAUGCUUGGAUUUGGACAGGCAACUACUGGACUUAACAGUGUGCAAGACCUUUUUUGGGGGGUUUGAUUACAGAGACCAUACCUGUACUUGAGUAUAGCAGAAUUCAGUGGGUGGUGGUGGUGGUGGUGGUGGUAUUUUCAGAAUUUUUGUUUUUGUUUUUUUCUUUUUAAAUGCACUCUGGGGAGAAAUGAAGAGAUCCACACUGGACAUAACAGGACAGGAGCACCAGAGGCUUCAGUGUUUCCUAAUCAGAAGAAGGGCAGAACUGCCGGACUAUGGAUUAUUUCAGUGGGCAUUCUAAUUGAUCUCAAAACUCAUCAACAAGAGUCCAGUUUUUACCUGUUACGGGGUGGUUAAACCUUUUCUUUUUCCACUUUUAAGCAUAUUAUUAUAUUUUAUAAACAAAAAAAUAUGUAGCAUUGUUCACAAAGCAUUCAGGUUUUCAUAUAACAGUUCAAAGUAGUUUGCACAUAUUCUUGAUUUAUAACAGCUGGUCAAAAUGUGCGAGGAGGAGGUGGGGCCUGAAAUAGAAUAAAUAAUAAAUAUGGAAGUAUUGAUAUCAACCUCAGUGACAUAGGGUAUUGAUAGGAAUGAUUAAUGAAUACACAAAAUAAAUGAAUAUUAACAGAAAGUGCUUUAGAGGAUUUUAAAAU